AUGUUUACUAACUUCCUCUCUUCAUCAAGAUGCUUCUUCACUCCAUCAUGCAUCCAUCAUGCAGCUUCCUCUCUUCAUCAAGGUGCUUCCUCUCUUCAUCAAGAUGCUUCCUCUCUUCAUCAAGAUGCUUCCUCACUCCAUCAAGAUGCUUCCUCACUCCAUCAUGCAUCCAUCAUGCAGCUUCCUCUCUUCAACAAAGUGAUUCCUCUCUUCUUCAAAGUACUUCCUCUCUUCAUCAAAGUACUUCCUCUCUUGCUCAAGAUGCAGCUUCCUCUCUUCAACAAAGUGCUUCCUCUCUUCAUCAAGAUGCUUCCUCUCUUGAUCAAGAUGCUUCCUCUCUUGAUCAAGGUGCUUCCUCUCUUCAUCAAGAUGCUUCCUCUCUUGAUCAAGAUGCUUCCUCUCUUCAUCAAGGUGCUUCCUCUCUUCAUCAAGAUGCUUCCUCUCUUCAUCAAGAUGCUUCCUCUCUUCAUCAAAGUACUUCCUCUCUUGCUCAAGAUGCUUCCUCUCUUCAUCAAGGUGCUUCCUCUCUUCAUCAAGAUGCUUCCUCUCUUCUUCAAAGUACUUCCUCUCUUCAACAAAGUACUUCCUCUCUUCAUCAAGGUGCUUCCUCUCUUCAUCAAGGUGCUUCCUCUCUUCAUCAAGAUGCUUCCUCACUCCAUCAUGCAUCCAUCAUGCAGCUUCCUCUCUUCAUCAAGUUGCUUCCUCUCUUCAACAAAGUACUUCCUCUCUUGA